AACAUUUUUUCACUUUCUUUAACUUACUGUUUUUCUACAACUCGUGUGUAGGGGACUGACCUGUGACAAGUGUGCAUCGUGCAAUUUGGUGCUGACCUAGAAAACAAAAUACUUUCUACCAUCCUUUUAAUAUAGAACUACCCCCCACGUGAAAUGAAAUAUCAAAGUCGUCAAAGAAGAAUUCCUUUGAGAAAAGAAUCCCUCCUCUUUUCACUUGGCACAGGUGCCUGAGUCACACACUCGAACCACAUGGACACACAGUGGAUUUGGUGAAUUCAGCGGCCCCUGUAGGCCUGGUGCCCCAGGGCUGCUGUGUCUCUAUGCACCCUGCAGGUGGGGGGGGGGGGCAGGGGGAUCCCUCGCAAGUGAGUGGACCGAUGACAUUUAAAGAAACUGCAAAUAUCUCCAGAUGAAAAUACAUGGCGUCCUGUGGAGGCCAUGUCUGGAUACGGCUUUGGGACAUAUAUUGGCCCCUCUUUGUAACCUGCGGCCCCUGAUGGAGAAAAGAAACCCUGGACUCCGCCAAUGACUGCAAGUUUUGAAUUCAGACAUUCAGAUUUCUUUCCGAUUCAUCCUCUUCCUCCAGACUGCAGCAGAUGAUGAGGAGCCCUGCAUGCAUGUUGAAUGUGUUUCUAAAUAACUGCUGAUGAGGAUGAGUGGAAUAAAAUCAAAUAUGCCGUGUAGGAGCUGCAGUGUUUUACUCGGAGCAGCGGAGGAGGAGGAGGAGAAGAUGUGACACCGCCUCACGUUGAUGACGCGCGCCAUCGGGAGACAUUUGGACGGAGUCUGUGCACAAGCCGCAUCCACCGAGCAACAAAUGGUGCCUGUGAGCCGGGGAUGUGAUGCUGGAGACCGGGGGAUGUGAUGGACGAGAGGCGCUGAGGCUGCACCGCAGAGCCCGCAGCAGCAGCAAGAGGACGAGCCGCGCUGUGUCAUCUGUUGAUCGGAUUGGAGAAGGAAUCAAGCGCAUUAUCAUGAGCUGCCGCGGUCCCGCUUACAGGUGAAAUUUGAGGAGAGUGAAAUGAUCCCAAAGUCCGGAAAAUCUCCAGCAGACUCCCGGAAAAGUGUCGGCAUCCAUGAGUUCGCAGCCCUCGCCAGAUCCUCCUUAAAUGGCAUCUCGCAGGCAGUGAGGGACCAUGUGACCAAGCCCACCUCCCUGGCUCAGGGCCGGGUCGCCCACCUCAUAGAGUGGAAAGGUUGGCCCAAACCCGCAGACCCCCCGCCGGCCGCCCACUCCCAAAUCAGCUCCUAUUGCCAUCUGACUGAAGGAGAGAAGGAGGCCCGGUUUGCUGCAGGGGUGGCGGAGCAGUUUGCCAUCGCUGAGGCCAAGCUGCGAGCUUGGGCCUCUAUGGACGACGAUGAAGAGGAAGACUCCGUUGAUGAAGACUCCUCCAGCGGCGGACAGACUCACACCUUCUCCUUCCAGAGCUCAGACGCCACCACGUCCAAUCCUGUUACAGCCCCACACCAGCCUGAGGGGGGCAGCAGUGAGGAGCCACCCUCCGACAGUCCCCUUGGCUCCAGCAGCAGCAGCAGCCUGCUCUCUGGUCGGCCUGGGUCUCACAGUGACCCACAUUCAUCCCAGACCAGAUCACCCACUUUACCCAGCGACCGCAUGCCUCCGUUCCUGGAGGAAGAGGAGCGGCCGGGCUGUCACAGGAAGCGGCUGGCUCCUUCGCAGGAGGAGCACAGUGAGGUCUGCAUCCACCACAAGCCAGAGUGGAGGCCUCAGGGCCGGAGUGGCAGGUUCGACUCCUGCUACUCCACCUCGUACUCGGAGUCUCCUGGAGAGGAGGACGAAGAGGACGAGGACGAGGAGGGCAGCGUGUUCCACGAGGCGCGGGUGUGGCACUGCGGCCCGAGGAGCUUCUUCUCGGACAGGGCCUCCUCUGGGGUGGCCUCGUUCGAUGAGGAAGAGGGGAGGGAUGACGUAGAGAAGAAAAAGGAAGAUAAAGAGUAUUAUAUGUGAUGUGUUGUCCAUCUUUAUGUCUCUUUGAGUCCGUGUUGAUUCUGAAUAUGACGUAAUCUAUUCUGUUUUCUAUGUAAACCUCUCACCACCUCCUCUUCCUCCCUCCUCUCCCUCCUCCACUCCCUGCCUUCUGUCUCGGCCUUCGGGCCUCUCAUGUACUGAUCUCGUUCAACCGUUUAUCGCUGCUGUGAACAUCUAAGUAUAUCAGACAGGCUCAACCAGAAUGUAAAGCUGUUGUUCAAACUGAGUUUUGUACAUUUUAUUGUGAAGAGUCAUUGUGUUGCUAUUGCAUUUUCUAUUGAUAUUUUGUAGUGUUGUUUUAUUCUGGGUCAUGCUGUGUCAUGUGGGGCGGGCUAUGUUUGAUACUGAAUGUCCGAUUGUCCUGCGUACACACACAUACAUAUAUAUAAAUAAAUAUAAAAAUGAUU